AUGGCCAGCAACGAGGACAAGGAUCGAAUUACAUGGUCUCCGUAUGGUCCACCAUCCCAUCCUGAGAAACCCCAAGAGCGCCCAGCACACCGGCACAUUCACUUCAAACAUCCCGGCUGCGACACCACCCUCUUCACUCUCCCCCCUCUGGAUGCUGGCGGUAUCCAUCAUGAGACAGUACGCAUUGCUUGCGGUAUUCUCGAUAACAAUACAUGGGACGAUUUGAACUAUGCCGUAACUCCCACGUUCGAGCACUGGUGCUUUCCCUAUGGCGAUCUCCCUCCCCGCUGGCGCGAAAUCCCAGACUUCCAGCAGAAAUCACGGCCGGAUCGCGACAGCGCUUGCCGAAUAUCGCAAUGUGAGGAGGGUGUUGAAGAUGCACACUUAGUUCCCAGCGCCGAAAGGCAAUGGUUCAACAACAAUAUGGCUGUAUACAUUCACUCCGCAAAGGCAGAUAAGCUCAAAGAGUCCGAUAACAGCAUUCGUCUGCGGAGCGAUAUACAUACCAUUUUCGAUGCGAAGCGCUUUGCCAUCGUACCAAUCGAGGGACGCUUAGUGGUCUAUUGCAUGAACACUAACCUUGGUUCGCAAGUUGAAGGUCUUUAUCACGGUGUCGAAAUACACAGAAUUCGAAACUCGGGCUUCCUCAGCCAGUUUUUAUUCGCACGUUUCGCGUACACGGUUUUUGAGCGCCUUCGAGCAUUCUUGGAAGCAAACACUACAAGGAAACUUCGGCUUCGCGUGGACCAUGAGCCAAAAGAGGAGAUGUGUAGCCCGGAACGUUGCUUGCGGCUCGCCAGCGAUACAGCAUAUCAGGGCAAAUCUCGCAGCGUUAGUCCGAAGAAGCGCCCCCGUCCUGACACCGAACCGAAUGAUGAUAACUGGUCGGAGACCGAUUUUCGAGGCCGAAAAAGAAGACGCAGUGAUGACACUGAGUCAUUCUCUGUCUCGCUCCCCAGCAGCGUGGGCUACUCAGCAGAUUUAUUAAUUGGAACACCUGGAACUCCUCCAACGCCAGCACCUAAGACCGAGAACACAACCGAUAUCAGGUUUGACUUGAAAACCGAAAGACACCAGUCAAACCCCCAAAACGAACAGGCUCUGUCUUGA